AGAGCAGGGCCGGCCAGGGCGCCAAGCGCGAAAUUGCGGCUGCGUGGAAUUUCCGGGGUGAGAGAGAGAAUGGAACGUUCGGCGGAGGCAGCGGCGACGACGGUGGCCGGAAGGAGCGCGAACUUACCUUGGGUGGAGAAGUACCGGCCUCAGACCCUCGGGGAUCUAAUUUCUCAUGAGGACAUUCUGAAUACCAUACAGAAAUUCAUCAGCGAGGAUCAUUUGCCUCAUCUCUUGCUCUAUGGACCUCCGGGGACUGGCAAGACGUCUACAAUUCUCGCCUGCGCUAAACAGCUUUACAAACAGAGAGAAUUUGGCUCCAUGGUUUUAGAGCUAAAUGCUUCUGACGACCGAGGCAUUGAUAUUGUCAGAGGGCCUAUCCUGAACUUUGCCAGCACCAGAACCAUCUUCAAGAAAGGUUUUAAGCUGGUGAUUCUGGAUGAAGCUGACGCCAUGACCCAGGAUGCACAAAACGCUCUCCGGCGUGUGAUUGAGAAAUUCACGGAGAACACCCGAUUUUGCUUGAUCUGCAACUACCUCUCCAAAAUAAUCCCAGCUCUACAGUCCAGAUGCACCAGGUUCCGGUUUGGCCCUUUGACGCCAGAACUCAUGGUUCCUCGGUUGAAGCAUGUCAUUGAGAAGGAGAACGUUGAUGUCAGCGAUGACGGAAUGAAAGCCUUGGUGACGCUGUCCAACGGCGAUAUGCGCAGAUCCCUGAACAUCUUGCAGAGCACGUACAUGGCUUUCGGAAAAGUGACCGAAGAGACCGUCUACACUUGCACAGGGCAGCCGCUCAAGUCUGACAUCGCCAACAUCCUGGACUGGAUGCUGAAUCUGGACUUCACUUCUGCCUACCGCAAUAUCCUGGAAUUGAAAACCUUGAAGGGCUUGGCUUUACAGGACAUUCUAACAGAGGUUCAUUUGUUUGUUCAUCGAGGUAAAAAAGACUUUGAGGUGCCGAGAUGCCAUUCUUUAUUAUUUCACCAAAAAUUUACUCCAGGAAGGCUGGAGUGAGGCAGAAAUGUGAUUGGGCCGUUUUGCUAAUAGCUUCUGGUGCAGGUGCAUAUAGUAAUGGCACUUAGACUUAUAUACUGCUUCACAGUGCUUUCAA